AUGCCCAUUUUCUAUCUAUCUAUCUAUCUAUCUAUCUAUCUAUCUAUCUAUCUAUCUAUCUAUCUAUCUGUUGUGCCUGUUUUUAUUUUUUCUUUCUUUUUUUCUUCUCUCUUUCUUUCAUUUUCUUUCUUUCUUUCUUUAUCGUCGUAUUUUGUUUUCCUUUUUCCAUUUGUUUUUAAAUUAUUGUUUGUCUUAUUUUGGAUUGUCUUUCUUUCUUUCUCCUCUUUUUCUUUCUUUCUUUCUUUAUUUAUUUAUUUUUCUCCUUCCUCUCUUUCUUUAUUUCUUUCUUUUUCAAGAUUUUCAGAUCGUUCCUUUCUGGGUUUUUCAUAUCCAUUUUUAUUUUUCCUUUAUUUUUCAUUUUUUAUUCCAUCUCUUUUACGUACCUUUCUACUCAUUCAUUUCUUUCUUUCUUUCUUUCUUUAUUUAUUUCUUUCUUUCUGCUCAAUUACUUUGAUCUUGGACACCUACCGAUGCGCAAAAAUUGUCAGGGGCGUUUACUGUUGGUCAGACAUUGUCAGGGACAUCUACCGUUCCGCAAAAAUUGUCAGGGGCGCCAACUGUUGGUCAAACAUUGUCAGGGACACCUACCGUUGCGCAAAAAUUGUCAGGGGCGCCUACUGUUGGUCAAACAUUGCCAGGGACACCUACCGUUGCGCAAAAAUUGUCAGGGGCGCUUACUGUUGCUCAAACAUUGCCAGGGACACCUACCGUUGCGCAAAAAUUGUCAGGGUCGCCUACUGUUGGUCAAGCAUUGUCAGGGACACCUACCGUUGCGCAAAAAUUGUCAGGGUCGCCUACUGUUGGUCAAGCAUUGUCAGGGACACCUACCGUUGCGUAAAAAUUGUCAGGGGUGCCUACUGUUGGUUAUACAUUGUCGGGGACACCUACGGUUGCGCAAAAAUUGUCAAGGGCGCCUACUGUUGGUCAAACAUUGUCAGGGACACCUACCGUUGCGCAAAAAUUGUCAGGGGCGCCUACUGGGCGCCUACUGUUGGUCAAACAUUGUCAGGGACACCUGCCGUUGCACAAAAAUUGUCAGGGGCGCCUACUGUUGGUCAAACAUUGUCAGGGACACCUACCGUUGCGCAAAAAUUGUCAGGGGUGCCUACUGUUGGUCAAACAUUGUCUGGGACACCUACCGUUGCGCAAAAAUUGUCAGGGGCGCCUACUGUUGGUCAAACAUUCUUUCCUUUCAUUUUCUUUAUUUUUAUUCCUGCCUAUUUUUACUUUUCAAUUUUGUUCUUUCCUUUUAUUUUUUCAUUUUUUCUUUCUUUUUCAUUUUUGUUCUUUUCUUUUAAUUGUUUCAAUUCAUUCCUUUUUUUCAUCUUUGUUCUUUUUUUUUCAUCUUUUAAAUUCUUUCCUUCUUUUUUCAUUUUUAUUCUCAUUAGUUUUCAUUUCUUAAUUUUUUUCUUUCAAUUUAUUUCCUUUUUUAGAUUUCUUAUUUUCUUCCUCUUCUUUUUCUCGUUCCACUUCUCUUUGUUCUUCUCAUUCUUUUCCUUUCUUUCUUUUUCUUUUUCAUCAGUGCAAUUCAUCCUUUCUUUUUCUUCAUUUUCCUUCAUAAUGGCUGAUAUGAUUUCCUUCUUACCUUCAUUCCUUCAUUCAUUCAAUCUUCUUCUAUUUCAUCAUUUACUUCUUUCAUCUCAAGCAAAUUUAUUUGUUUUUUUUUUGCAAUUCAUUUUUCCGAUUUUUUCUUUCAUCUUAUCACAACGAAAAAAUGAAAACAGCAAAAAUCUACUCUACCUUUCUCUCCAUCUCCCCCUCUCUCUGUCUCUCUCUUUCUCUCUCUCUUUCCCCUUUCUCUCCCUUUCUCUCUCUCUUUCCCCUUUCUCUCCCUUUCUCUCUCUUCCCUAUCUCUCUCUCUCUCUGUACCUUUCUCUCUCUCCCUCUCUCUCUCUCCCAUUCUCUCUGACUUUCCCUUUCUCUUUCUCUCUUUCUACCCUUUUCUAUCCCCUUCACAGUGUCUCUCCCUUUUUUCGCCAUUUCUCUCCCUCCGUUUCUCUCUUUCUCUCCGUUUCUCUCUCGCUCCCUUCUCUCUCCUCCUUCUCUCCCUUUCUUUCUCGCUCCCCCUCCUUUUCUCUCUGUACCUUUCUCUUUCUCUCUCUCCCUUUCUCUGUCAUAUUUCUGACCAUUGCAAAGAAAGGUUAA